UGACAUGCAGACAUCUCUCUGUUGUAGAAAGCCAUUGAUCUGGUGACCAAAGCCACAGAGGAGGACAAGAACAAGAACUAUGAAGAGGCUCUGAGGUUAUACCAGCAUGCGGUGGAGUAUUUCCUGCACGCCAUCAAGUAUGAAGCUCACAGUGACAAGGCGAAGGAAAGUAUCCGAGCCAAGUGCAUGCAGUAUCUGGAUCGAGCGGAAAAGCUGAAGGAUUACCUGAAGACAAAGGACAAGCAGGGCAAGAAACCUGUCAAGGAGUCACAAAAUGAGAAGGGCAGUGAUAGCGACAGUGAAGGUGAAAAUCCAGAGAAGAAGAAACUCCAGGAGCAGCUGAUGGGUGCCAUCGUCAUGGAGAAGCCAAAUGUCCGGUGGAACGAUGUGGCUGGAUUGGAAGGCGCAAAGGAAGCUUUGAAGGAGGCUGUGAUAUUGCCUAUUAAAUUCCCCCAUCUAUUCACAGGAAAGCGUACUCCCUGGCGUGGAAUCUUGCUGUUUGGACCCCCAGGAACAGGAAAAUCUUACCUGGCCAAAGCUGUAGCAACCGAAGCCAAUAACUCUACCUUCUUCUCAGUGUCCUCCUCUGACCUGAUGUCUAAGUGGCUUGGAGAAAGUGAGAAGCUGGUAAAGAACCUGUUUGAAUUAGCGCGACAGCACAAGCCUUCCAUCAUUUUCAUCGAUGAGGUUGAUUCCCUCUGUGGCUCUCGGAAUGAGAAUGAAAGUGAAGCUGCCCGCAGAAUCAAGACAGAGUUCCUGGUGCAGAUGCAAGGUGUUGGCAAUAACAAUGAUGGGAUCCUGGUUCUGGGAGCUACAAACAUACCCUGGGUGCUGGACUCCGCCAUCCGAAGAAGGUUUGAGAAGCGGAUAUACAUCCCACUACCAGAGGAAGCUGCCAGAGCUCAGAUGUUCCGUCUGCACCUAGGGAACACCCCCCACAGCCUAAGUGAUGCCAAUAUUCGGGAGUUGGCCCAGAAAACAGAUGGCUAUUCGGGUGCAGAUAUCAGCAUCAUCGUGCGCGACGCGUUAAUGCAACCAGUGCGCAAAGUGCAAUCAGCCACACAUUUUAAAACGGUACGAGGUCCUUCUCGCACUAACCCCGGUGUCAUAGUGGAUGACCUGCUAACACCGUGUUCCCCUGGGGACCCCGGAGCCGUUGAGAUGACUUGGAUGGAGGUGCAGGGGGAUAAACUGCAGGAGCCUGUAGUCUGCAUGUCCGAUAUGCUGCGAUCUCUGGCUACGACCCGGCCCACCGUCAAUGCUGAGGACCUGCUAAAAGUGAAGAAAUUUACAGAAGACUUUGGGCAGGAAGGAUGA